CAUAGAACGUAACAAUGGCGGAUUCAUGUUCGCACUGGUGGCACGCUCCUUUCUACCUGGCCCUCUCUGUGACACUAGCUUUCAUCGCCAUCUCCACCGGCAUCCGCUCCGGGAACCCUCAAUCCAAACUCUCACUCCAACAAUCACUACAUCACAACCUCUCCAUCAACGCCUCCCGCGCUCUCCGCCUCCGCGGCGGCUUCACCGUCUUCGCCGCCCUCCUCCAAAUCUCGCCGGACCUUUUCCUCUCCUCGCCGGACUCCACAAUCUUCGCCGUCCAAGACCCGGCUUUCUUCAACGUUUCUCUCCCUCCCUGGGCCAUCAAGGAGCUUCUCCUCUACCACACCUCCCCUUCUCGCCUCCCCUUUAAUCUCCUCCUCAGAAUCCCCGCCGGAAACUGCGUUUCCACUCUUCUCCUCGACAAGAACGCCAAGAUCACCAAGAUUGACCCAAAACGCCGCUCUGUUGAGAUCAAUAAUGUUUUGAUCACCCACCCGGAUUUGUUUCUUGGAAACGGCCUCUCCGUCCAUGGAGUCGCCGGGUUCUUCUUGCCGGUGGGAAAAGAAAUCGUCCAAUCCUCGCCCUGCGAUUCCAACACCUCCCAUCUCGAAUGGCCAAGAAUCGUUCAGCUCCUCAGCUCUAACGGAUUCGUCUCCUUCGCAAUCGGACUCUACUCUGUUCUUGACGGCCUCACCGGCGAUCACGCCAAUUUAACCUCCGUCACCAUCUUUGCGCCUCCCAGCUUGGGGUUCUUAUCAUCCCCAUCGCCAUUGUUGAACAAAGUGGUGAAGCUUCAUUUAGUGCCCAGUAAAUACACAUUCCAGGAACUGUCAUCUCUGCCCCAGGGGACUGUUCUCAACACUCUGCUUCCCGGUGCAGAAGUCAAGAUCAGUUUCAAUAAUUCCACAAGAAGUUUAUCUGUCAAUGGAGUGGAGAUCACUGCACCGGAUGUUUUAAGAUCCAGAAAUUUCACUGUCCAUGGGAUUUCUCGAGCUUUAGGGGUAUAUAAUCAGGUUCAGAACCAGAUUGUUUAGUUCUUCUGCUCUGCUUUUCAAUGCAGAGAGACAAGCAAAUUUCUGGGAUUUGUGUAUAGUUUUGUAUUCAAUUUUGUUGAUUCAAGAAAAUUCAAGUUAGGC